UAUGAUUACUGUUUUGAAUAUUUUGUCUUUGUUCUGAUAGCAACCAGAUGGACUUAAUGUUAUGAUAUGUUUUAGGUACUCAGAGUCGCCAGAAUUAUGUGCUUGAGUCUGUCCCGGCAAGAAACAGACGUUUGGUGCAGCAAGAGAGUUCGGGGUCACGAAAACGAAGUACAGCAGUGAAUAACCGUGGCUGCAAAUCUGUAGGAUCCCAAAGAUCGGUGACCCAAAUUGGGGAUAACUCGAGUAAAAUGAAGAAAGUGUCCACUGUUACUCCAGAGAAAGAGAAUGAAAUUUUUAAAAAGAAAGAGUGGGUAACAGUAAAUAAAGAUAGCAAGAAAAGUGGACCCCCUCUAUCAAGAACAGAUGCAGUGCAUAUAGCUGAUGUAAAAUCUGUUCAAGAAACUACAGUCACUACAUCCAAGCCAAAGAGAAAAUUAGAAAGUACACGUGAGGGAAGAGUUCGUACAAAAAAAAUGAAAACUCUUGAAUCUGGAACAUCAGCCACCAAUGACAACAAUAACAACUCAGAUCUUAAAAUUGAGACAAAGGAUGAAAUUGAGAGAGUCUCAAAUCCUCCAAUGCAGCAAGUGGUGUCACAUGACCAUGGGUACUUAAAGGCUCCUUCUUUCCAUAAAUAUGAAGUGAAAGAAAGAGAAGCUGCCGUAGGUGAAGUCCUCACUGCUGAAGGUCGACCAAAAUACCCAGGCCAGGACUCCACACAGGUAUUAGAUAGUCUUCCUUAUUAACUCUUAUAGCAUAAAAGUUCCA